AUGGGGGAUGUGAAGCUGGCUGCCUCGGCACACGUUUCUAAAACCUCCCUCAGUGUGGAUCCGUCCAGAGCCGGCUCCAUGCCCCUGACCGAGGCCCCCGCUUUCAUUCUGCCCCCUCGGAACCUCUGCCUCAGAGAAGGAGCCACCGCCAAGUUUGAAGGGAGGGUCCGAGGUUACCCAGAGCCCCAGGUGACGUGGCACAGAAAUGGGCAGCCCAUCACCAGUGGCGGCCGCUUCCUGCUGGACUGUGGCAUCCGCGGGAGUUUCAGCCUUGUGAUCCACGCUGUCCGGGAGGAGGACAAGGGAAAGUAUACCUGCGAAGCCACCAAUGGCAGCGGUGCCCGCCAGGUGACAGUGGAGUUGACGGUAGAAGGAGGCUUUGUGAAGAGGCACGGUCAGCCUGUUUCCAAAACCUUGGGGCUCACAUCCGCCACAGUGGAGACCCGUCCUAGCCUCUGGGGAGAAUGCCCACCGAAGUUCGCCACCAAGCUGGGCCGUGCGGUGGUCAGAGAAGGGCAGAUGGGGCGAUUCUCCUGCAAGAUCACCGGCCGGCCCCAGCCGCAGGUCACCUGGCUCAAGGGAGAUGCUCCCCUGCAGCCCAGUGCCCGGGUGUCCAUGUCCGAGAAGAACGGGAUGCAGGUCCUGGAGAUCCAGGACGUGAGCCAGGAUGACGUGGGCGUGUAUACCUGCCUGGUGGUGAAUGGGUCCGGGAAGGCCUCCAUGUCUGCCGAGCUCUCCAUCCAAGGUUUGGACAAUGCCAACAGGUCAGCGCUGAGGGGAACAAAGGCAGCCAGUUCAGACAUCAGGAAGGAAGUGGCCAAUGGGAUCACACCGAGGCCCAAACCGGACAGCCUAGAAGCCGCCGCUGAGAGUAAGAAAGGUGCCCAGAAAGGCGGCCCGCCCGCCUGGGCCCCCAGCAGCCAGCCUCCGCCCCCGAGGGAGCCCACGCCGGAUCUGCCCGGGGACUUGCCCGGGAAGGCGCUGAGGACCCCAGUCCUGCAGAAGGCCUCCAGCACCAUCACCCUGCAGGCCACCAGGGUCCAGCCGGAGCCCAGGGCGCCAGCCCCAGGCACUCGCCUGCCUUCCGGAGAAGAGAGGGAGAGGCCAGCCGCUCCCCCCGCAGCCGCCCUCCCCACCAGGCCGUCUGGCCUGGGAACCCAAGACGUUGUGAACAAGGUCGCGUCCAGGAAAAUUCCCAUGGAGAGCAGGAUGGAUUCCACAUCCCCCAAAUUCGACAGCAAGCCCCAGAGCCAGGAAGUCCGUGAAGGUCAACUAGUCAAGUUCAGGUGUGAGGUUUCAGGGACCCCUAAGCCCCACGUGGCCUGGUUCCUGGAAGGUGUCCCCGUGAGGAGGCGAGAAGGCACCGUGGAGAUUUACGAAGACGGUGGGUCCCAUUGCCUCAGCCUGCUGAGAGCCCGGGCCAGGGACAGCGGGAGCUACAGCUGCGUGGCCUCCAACAUCCGGGGCCAGGCGUCCUGCGACUGGACCCUCCUGGUGAAAAGACCAGCUGUGAUGGAGGCGGCCCCCUCCUUCUCCAGCGUCCUGAAGGACUGCACCGUCGUGGAGGGCCAGGACUUUGUGCUACAGUGCUCGGUGCAGGGGACCCCAGUGCCCCGAAUCACGUGGCUGCUAAAUGAACAGCCCAUCCAGUACGCGCACUCCACCUGCGAGGCUGGCGUGGCCGAGCUGCAUGUCCAGGACGCGCUGCCGGAGGACCACGGCACCUACACCUGCCUGGCCGAGAACCCCCUGGGGCAGGUGUCCUGCAGCGCCCGGGUCACUGUCCACGAAAAGAAGAGUAAUGGCAAGAGUGAGUACCUUCUGCCCACGCCCCCCAGCAAGCCCGCUGCGCCCCGUUUCCUGCAAGGCCUGUCUGACCUCAAGGUCAUGGAUGGAAGCCAGGUCACCAUGACAGUCCAAGUGUCAGGGAACCCGCCCCCUGAGGUCAUCUGGCUUCACAACGGGAACGAGAUCCAGGAGUCAGAGGACUUCCACUUCGAACAGAGGGGCACCCGGCACAGCCUGUGCAUCCAGGAGGUGUUCCCCGAGGACACGGGCACUUACACCUGCGAGGCCUGGAACAGCAGUGGGGAGGUCCGCACCCAGGCUGUGCUCACUGUGCAAGAGCCCCAGGACGGCACCCAGCCCUGGUUCAUCAGCAAGCCUCGCUCUGUGACAGCCUCCCUGGGCCAGAGCGUCCUCAUCUCCUGUGCCAUCGCCGGCGACCCCUUCCCCACCGUGCACUGGCUCCGCGACGGCAAGGCCCUCUCCAAGGACGCCGGCCACUUCGAGGUGCUGCAGAACGAGGACGUGUUCACCCUGGUCCUGAAGAACGUGCAGCCCCGGCACGCCGGCCAGUAUGAGAUCCUGCUCAAGAACCGGGUUGGCGAAUGCAGUUGCCAAGUGUCACUGAUGCUACAGAGCAGCACGACCCGAGCCCCCCUGCGGGGGAGGGAGCCUGCCAGCUGCGAGGGCCUCUGCGGCCGAGGAGUCGGUGCGGAUGGUGGUGAUGGUGACUGCUAUGGGACCCUGAGGCCCGGCUGGCCAGCAAGAGGGCAGGGUUGGCCAGAGGAGGAGGAGGACGGCGAAGGCGUGCGGGGGGUGCUGAAGAGGCGCGUGGAGACCCGGCAGCACACGGAGGAGGCCAUCCGCCAGCAGGAGGUGGAGCAGCUGGACUUCCGUGACCUCCUGGGGAAGAAGGUGAGCACCAAGACCGUGUCGGAGGAGGACCUGAAGGAGAUCCCAGCCGAGCAGAUGGAUUUCCGCGCCAACCUGCAGCGGCAAGUGAAGCCGAAGACCGUGUCCGAGGAGGAGAGGAAGGUGCACAGUCCCCAGCAGGUUGACUUCCGCUCUGUCUUGGCCAAGAAGGGGACUCCCAAGGCCCCAGUGCCUGAGAAAGCGCCACCUGCAAAAUCUGCCACCCCGGAUUUCCGCUCGGUGCUGGGCAGCAAGAAAAAAUUACCAGCAGAGAAUGGGAGCAGCGGUGCUGAGGCCUUGAAUGCCAAGGUGGCAGAAAGUCCCAAGGCUGUGGGCAAUGCCCAGCCUUCAGCGCCCCUGAAACCUGUGGGCAAUGCCAAGCCUGCUGAGACCCCGAAACCCAUAGGCAAUGCCAAGCCUGCUGAGACCCCGAAACCCAUAGGCAAUGCCAAGCCUGCUGAGACUCUGAAACCUGUGGGCAAUGCCAAACCAGCUGAGAUCCCAAAACCCCUGGGCAACGCCAAACCAGCCGAGACCCCGAAACCCCUGGGCAACGCCAAACCAGCCGAGACCCCGAAACCCCUGGGAAAUGUCAAGCCUGCUGAGACCCUGAAACCUAUAAGCAAUGCCAAGCCAGUGGAAACCCCCAAGCCCCUGGACAACGCCAAGCCAGUUGAGAUCCCAAAACCAGCUGGGAAAGAAGAACUCAAGAAGGAGGUUAAGAACGAUGUGAACUGCAAGAGGGGGCAUCCAGGAGGCACAGACAAGGAACAAAGGUCAGAGAGCCAAGGGACUGCCCCGACCUUCACGGAGAAGCUGCGCGAUGUCCACGUGGCCGAGGGCGAGAAGCUGCUGCUCCAGUGCCAGGUGUCCGCUGACCCCCCGGCCACCGUCACCUGGACGCUGAAUGGGAAGACACUCAAGACUACCAAGUUCAUCAUCCUCUCCCAAGAAGGCUCCCUCUGCUCCGUCUCCAUUGAGAAGGCCCUGCCGGAGGACAGAGGCCUAUACAAGUGUGUGGCCAAGAACAGCGCCGGCCAGGCGGAGUGCUCCUGCCAAGUCACCGUGGACGAUGCCCCCGCCAGCGAGAGCGCCAAGGCCCCUGAGAUGAAGGCCCGGAGGCCCCGGAGCUCCCUUCCUCCCGUGCUGGGAACAGAGAGUGAUGCAACUGUGAAAAAGAAACCUGCCCCCAAGACACCUCCAAAAGCAGCCAUGCCCCCUCAGAUCAUCCAGUUUCCAGAGGACCAAAAGGUGCGUGCUGGAGAGUCUGUGGAGCUGUCCGGGAAAGUGACCGGCACCCAGCCCAUCACCUGCACCUGGAUGAAGUUCCGGAAGCAGAUCCAGGAGAGCGAGCACAUCAAGGUGGAGAACAGUGAGAGCGGCAGCAAGCUCACCAUUCUGGCGGCCCGCCAGGAGCACUGCGGUUGCUACACACUGCUGGUGGAGAACAAGCUGGGCAGCAGGCAGGCCCAGGUCAACCUCACUGUGGUUGACAAGCCAGACCCCCCCGCUGGCACGCCUUGCGCCUCUGACAUCCGGAGCUCCUCGCUGACCCUGUCCUGGUACGGCUCCUCGUACGACGGGGGCAGUGCCGUGCAGUCCUACAGCGUCGAGAUCUGGGACUCGGUGGACAAGUCGUGGAAGGAGCUAGCCACGUGCCGCAGCACCUCGUUCAACGUCCAGGACCUGCUGCCUGACCGAGACUAUAAGUUCCGUGUGCGCGCCAUCAAUGUGUACGGAACCAGCGAGCCCAGCCAGGAGUCGGAACUCACAACGGUGGGAGAGAAACCUGAGGAGCCGAAGGAUGAAGUGGAGGUGUCCGAUGAUGAUGAGAAGGAGACUGAAGUUGAUUACCGGACGGUGACGAUCAAUACCGAACAAAAAGUGUCUGACUUCUACGACAUCGAAGAGAGACUAGGAUCUGGGAAAUUCGGACAGGUCUUCCGACUUGUAGAAAAGAAAACUGGAAAAAUCUGGGCAGGGAAAUUCUUCAAAGCUUAUUCAGCAAAGGAGAAAGAGAACAUCCGGGAGGAGAUCAGCAUCAUGAACUGCCUCCACCACCCCAAGCUGGUCCAGUGUGUGGACGCCUUCGAAGAGAAGGCCAACAUCGUCAUGGUCCUGGAGAUCGUGUCGGGGGGUGAGCUGUUCGAGCGCAUCAUCGACGAGGACUUCGAGCUGACGGAGCGCGAGUGCAUCCAGUACAUGCGGCAGAUCUCGGCGGGCGUGGAGUACAUCCACAAGCAGGGCAUCGUCCACCUGGACCUCAAGCCCGAGAACAUCAUGUGUGUCAACAAGACGGGCACCAAGAUCAAGCUCAUUGACUUCGGUCUGGCCCGGAGGCUGGAGAACGCAGGGUCUCUGAAGGUCCUCUUCGGCACCCCGGAGUUCGUGGCACCCGAAGUGAUCAACUAUGAGCCCAUUGGCUACGCCACGGACAUGUGGAGCAUCGGGGUCAUCUGCUACAUCCUGGUCAGUGGACUCUCCCCCUUCAUGGGCGACAACGAUAACGAGACCCUGGCCAACGUCACCUCAGCCACCUGGGACUUCGACGACGAGGCAUUCGACGAGAUCUCUGACGACGCCAAGGACUUCAUCAGCAGCUUGCUGAAGAAGGACAUGAAAAACCGCCUGAACUGCACCCAGUGCCUUCAGCAUCCGUGGCUCAUGAAAGACACCAAGACCAUGGAGGCCAAGAAGCUCUCCAAGGACCGGAUGAAGAAGUACAUGGCCAGAAGGAAAUGGCAGAAAACGGGCAAUGCUGUGAGAGCCAUCGGGAGACUGUCCUCUAUGGCAAUGAUCUCAGGGCUCAGCGGCAGGAAGUCCUCUACAGGAUCACCAACCAGCCCUCUCAACGCAGAAAAACUAGAAUCAGAAGGAGAUGUCGCCCAAGCUUUCCUGGAGGCUGUUGCUGAGGAGAAGCCCCACGUGAAACCCUAUUUCUCUAAGACCAUUCGUGAUCUGGAAGUGGUGGAGGGAAGUGCUGCUAGAUUUGACUGCAAGAUUGAAGGAUACCCAGACCCUGAAGUCGUCUGGUUCAAAGACGACCAGUCCAUCAGGGAGUCCCGCCACUUCCAGAUAGACUACGACGAGGAUGGGAACUGCUCUUUAAUCAUUAGCGACGUGUGCGGCGAUGAUGAUGCCAAGUACACCUGCAAGGCUGUCAACAGUCUCGGAGAAGCCACCUGCACAGCGGAACUCAUUGUGGAAACCAUGGAGGAAGGAGAAGGGGAAGGGGAAGAAGAGGAAGAGGAGGAAGAGUGA